CUGCUAGUUCUUUUCCGUUGGGUCUUCAAAUCUCCCUCUUCCCCAAAAAAAAAAAAAAAAAAAAAAAAAAGUACAAAAAAAAAAAAAACCUUUAAAGAAUCCUUCUCUGUCACGCUUUCGUCUUUGAUUUUUUUAAUUUAUGGGAGAAAAGAGAAUGGCGGUGGUGGUGAAGAAAGAGAGAGUGGAAACGACGCCGCAGGUGGCGGCGGCGCCGGAGCCGACGUCGAGUCGGAGCGGCGACGUUUCGAAAUGUACGCCGACGGUAAUCGAUCUUGAUAGUAGUAGUAGUAGUAGUAGCAGUAGUAGCAGUGACUCGGAUUCCGAUGAUGAGGAGGCACUUUUGGAAACGAUUGGGAUUAAUGUCGGUGAAGAUGGAGGUUUAAGGAAGAAGAGGAAGCUGAACGAACUCGGAGUGGGUUUCCCGGUGGGUUUCGACGAUAUCAUUGCGCCGUUGUUGUUGCCGGAACCGGAAAAGGCGGGUGAGUUGCAAGAACAACCUAGCGUGAAUGCGACCGUCGCGGUAGGUAAUAAGCAGUUCUGGAAGGCUGGGGAUUAUGAAGGAGCUCCUUGUUCCGAUUGGGAUUCUUCUUCGGGUGGAAUGGAUCAUGUCAGGGUUCAUCCUAAGUUUCUUCAUUCGAAUGCAACCAGUCAUAAGUGGGCUCUUGGAGCUUUUGCAGAGCUUCUGGACAAUGCAUUGGAUGAGGUCUGCAAUGGAGCUACAUAUGUGAACAUAAAUAUGCUUCUUAAUAAGAAAGACAAGAGCCGAAUGUUGCUGAUUGAAGAUAAUGGUGGCGGAAUGGAUCCAGAUAAGAUGCGGCAUUGCAUGUCGUUGGGGUAUUCUGCCAAAAGCAAAGUUGCAAACACCAUUGGACAAUAUGGAAAUGGCUUUAAAACAAGUACAAUGAGGCUUGGAGCAGAUGUGAUUGUGUUUUCACGUUGUAGUGGAAAGGAUGGAAAGAGCCCUACACAGAGCAUUGGAUUGCUAUCUUACACAUUUUUGAGGAGCACAGGCAAGGAAGAUAUUGUGGUUCCCAUGCUCGACUAUGAAAGAGGAGGAGGGCAGUGGAACAAGAUGAUAAGGUCUUCUAUUAUUGACUGGAACAGAAAUGUGGAAACAAUAGUUCAAUGGUCUCCAUUUUCUAGUGAAGUGGACCUUCUUAAUCAGUUUUGCUUGAUGAAAGAUCAUGGAACACGGAUUAUCAUAUACAACCUUUGGGAGGAUGACCAAGGACAGUUGGAACUUGAUUUUGAUGCUGAUCCACAUGACAUCCAAAUUAGAGGGGUCAAUAGAGAUGAAAAGAAUAUACUAAUGGCUAAAGAGUAUCCCAAUUCUCGACAUUUCUUGACCUAUCGGCACUCAUUAAGGAGUUACGCCUCAAUUCUCUAUUUGAGGCUUCCUCCCGGAUUUCGAAUAAUUCUUCGAGGAAUAGACGUUGAGCACCACAACAUAGUGAAUGAUAUGAUGAUGUCUCAGGAGGUUACAUAUAGGCCACAGGCUGGGGCUGAUGGGAUCUUAAAGGAUUCAAAUAUGGUUGCUGUUGUUACCAUUGGAUUUGUGAAGGAUGCCAAAUAUCAUAUUGAUGUUCAAGGAUUUAAUGUCUAUCACAAGAAUCGACUGAUCAAGCCAUUUUGGAGGCUUUGGAAUGCUGCAGGAAGUGAUGGUCGUGGAGUUAUAGGUGUUUUGGAAGCUAACUUUGUUGAACCAGCUCAUGAUAAGCAGGGGUUUGAGCGUACCACUGUUCUUGCCAGACUUGAGGCACGACUUGUACAGAUGCAAAAGACUUACUGGACCACAAACUGUCAUAGAAUUGGCUAUGCUCCUAGACGUAAUAAGAAACUUCUUAGUGCUUCUGCAUAUAGAGAAAAUUCUCCUGAUUACCUUCUCCAGUCAUCUCCAUCCAGAAAGAAUGGUACUAACUCAAGCAAAUGGAAAACAUCCCCAGUUUCAGAUAAAUUUCAAUCAAGUUUCUAUCAGAAGCAUGGAAGAAUAGAUUCAAAAUAUGGGAAAAUAAAAAGUUCUUCUGGACCAUCAUCACAUCUAUCAGAGAACGAUAGUGAAGAUGACAUCCAUAUUACCAUUCCUGAGAAACAGGCAAACAAUAGCAGUCAUAAGGCAUUCCCUGCUCACAAAGCUUUUAGAAAAGAUAGUCCUCAAGUGAAUAGGUCUUUGAAUAUGGAAGACUACAGAUCUCAGCAGGAUCAUGCAUCUGGUGGAAGCACUAUUUCGCCCACCACAGGAUCAUGGUCAAAGGGAGGUGGUGUUAAUAAUACGAAUCACCUUUCAGAUUCUGAUUUACAAACUCCAGAGCAGUUGAGAGAAGAAAAUCAUGAACUGAAGGAAAGAUUGAAGAAGAGGGAAGAGGAGCUGCAGGAACUGCAGUAUGAAAAAGACAGGUGCAAGUCGCUUGAAACUCAGCUCCAAAAAGCAGAAGAAAAGAUUGACGAAUUGAACAAAGAACAAGAAAGUCUAAUAGAUAUAUUCUCUGAGGAAAGGGAACGACGGGACAACGAGGAGAAAAAUUUGAGAAGGAAGUUGCAGGAGGCUUCUAAUACCAUCCAAGAGUUGUUGGACAAGGUAAGGCUUCUGGAAAAGAUGAAGCUUGCUAAUGGCAGCAAUGGAGUAAAGUAGACCGACUAUGACUCAGCUCGCUACUAUGUGGUGGUGAGGUUUACUUCUCAGUUGUAAGAUUCCGGCAUCUGAGUUUUUUGCUGACUUAGUAACUUGCCAACUUGGGCAUUUGGAGUAGUCUGACGUAGAUGUAGGGUUGUAUAGUUUUUGAACACUAGCAAAAUUGGAGAGGGGAAAAUCAGAAAUAGCACGAUUAGAAGAAACAGGCAAUUCAAUCAUCGAGAUGCUUAUGGUGGUUUAUUAUGCCAAAUUUUGUAUAGUAGUUGUGCAUUGUUGUGGUUUGUAUAUCCCUCCGCUUCAGAUCCCUUUCCAUCAAUAGAACGAAGUCGUUUCAUCA